AUGCGCGUGUUGGUGUUUGCGGUGGCGUCGUGCCUGCUGCUUGCUGCGGGCUCGAUGGCUGCCGAUUAUCAGCGGCACGAGUACACGACGGCUUAUCAGCCCAAGCACCAGGACUACACGACCAAGCACAUGGAGUACACCACGGCUUACGAGGCACCCAAGCAGGAGUACACGACCGCCUACGUCGCGCCCAAGCAGGAGUACACCACGGCUUACGAGGCACCCAAGCAGGAGUACACCACCGCUUACGAGGCACCCAAGCAGGAGUACACCACGGCUUACGAGGCACCCAAGCAGGAGUACACGACCGCCUACGUCGCACCCAAGCAGGAGUACACCACGAAGCACAUGGAGUACACCACCGCCUACGAGGCACCCAAGCAGGAGUACACCACCGCUUAUGAGGCACCCAAGCAGGAGUACACCACCAAGCACAUGGAGUACACCACGGCUUAUGAGGCACCCAAGAAGGCUUACACGACCGCCUACGAGGCACCCAAGCACCAGGAGUACACCACGGCUUACGAGGCACCCAAGCAGGAGUACACGACCAAGCACAUGGAGUACACCACAGCUUACGAGGCACCCAAGCACCAGGAGUACACCACGGCUUACGAGGCACCCAAGCAGGAGUACACCACGGCUUAUGAGGCACCCAAGAAGGCUUACACCACUGCCUACGUCGCACCCAAGCAGGAGUACACCACCAAGCACCAGGAGUACACCACUGCCUACGAGGCACCAAAGCACCAGGAGUACACCACUAAGCCCGCCUACCCACGCUACACCCAGCACCAGGAGUACACCACACGCCCCGUCUACACCACGCAGCCACCCGUCUACACCACACAGCCACCCGUGUACACCACAGAGGCCGUGUACACCACACGCCCCGUGUACACCACCAAGCCACCCGUGUACACCACCAAGCCACCAGUCUACACGACCAAGCACCAGGAGUACACGACGGCCUACGAGGCGCCAAAGAACGAGUACACGACGAAGGACGCCUACGCCUACGCCGACAACAACUCUGGCGCCUCUGGUGCUGGUGAUGCCGCUGCAGGCCUCUCUGCGGGCGCCAUUGCCGGCAUUGUGGUUGGCGCGCUGCUGCUUGUCGGCGCCGUUGUUGGUGGCGUCUUCUUCGCCAAGCACCGCGCCAACGCCUCUUCCUCCUCCUCCGCCGCCGUCGACCAUGACCGGUUUUUGGAACUGCCGAAGCAUCCGCAGACCACACCCCCCGGCCACAGCGGCCAGCGCAGCAAUGACAGCAACAACGGCACUGCUGCCACCGCCGCUGCCACCGCCACCACCGACAACGAUGAGGGACAGCCACGCAGCGCCCCAGUGACCUCACGAAGCCCCGGUGGCCCGGCCGCAACAGAGCCCCCUGCAACUGUCUAAGCGACAGUCGCAGCACUACACAUGAGCCUCGCACCGAGGCACUUGGUUUCUAUCUAUCUAUCUAUUGAUUCACUUUUCUUUCUGUCUAUGAGGCGCGUGCUCUCACACACAUUCACCCAUACGCACCGCUGCCCUUUGUUUUGCCGCAAUUGCCUUCCCCAUCUUUGAGCGCUGGGAGCAGUGUAAGAUUUCAGCGAGUUUUCCCCAAUAAAC